ACACUCAAAUCAUUAAUCAAUUUUCGUGGUGUGGUCUCAUCUCUCUCUGCUUGGAACCCUGCUGCUGCUACUACUCUCUCUCUUACCUACAACUCUAAUCGCCUCUUCAGUCUUCACAUUCAGCCUUACAUCAGGGAUCUGCUGCUUUUUUGCUUCCAAAACACCGUCUUUCCUUGUUCUCUUUGUGUCGCACUGAAUCAAAUUACAAGCAUUCCUUGAACUUUCUCCAUCUCUUCACUUUCUACACCUUUGCCAUUUUAUCAUCCAUUGCUAACUUCACUCACAGACACCUCUGAUCCCUUCACCACAUCUCUGUUUGGAACAGAAACUCUCCUCCCUUCAUUUCCUUGUUUAUUUUCAUUUCCUCUACUCUCUUCUUAUUUUCCUCUUAUUUUCUCAUCGGUUCCCAUCUGUUUUCCGACAAAACCAAAUUCUCAAAAAAAGAAAAAAAAAAAAAUUCUCAUCUGUCUUCAUAGUCGGGUAAUCUAAAUUCAGCCUUACAUCAGGGAUCUGCUUGCUUUUUGCUUGUGUUUUGUCACACUGAAUCAAAUUGUACGCAUUCCUUGAGCUUUCUCCACCUCUUCACUCCCUACUUCUUUUUUAGCUUCACUCAUAUUCACUUCUGAUUCUGCUUUUCAUUUUCUUGGUGACCCGUCUCUCUGCCCCGUCCAUUUCUUCCACUCUCUUAGUUUAGUUUCCUCUUGUUCCUGCUUUCAGUUGUUUCUGUUUUUUCCUCAUUUCCCUUCUGUUUUCCCAAAAAAAAAAAAAAAAAUCCAACUGAGACGAAAUGACAGAGAUCGUUAGUGCCGUUGUUGCAAAAGUUUCAGAGUACUUGGUUGCUCCAAUUGGACGCCAGCUUAGUUAUCUGUUUUGCUACCGCAGCCACUUGGAUGAUCUCAACAAGGAGGUUCAGGAGUUGGGGCAUGUAAAGGAUGACCUUCAGAUAACUGUCGAUGAAGCUAAGAGAAGAGGGGAUGAAAUCAGACCUAGUGUUGAAGACUGGCAGACUCGGGCAGACAAGAAGACACGGGAGGCAAAGACAUUCAUGGAAGAUGAAAAGAACAGAACCAAGAGCUGUUUCAAUGGGUGGUGUCCUAAUCUCAUGUCACGUUACCAGCUAGGCAGAGAAGCAAACAAGAAGGCGCAGGUUAUUGCUGAAAUCAGAGAACACCGCAAUUUCCCCGAUGGCGUAUCAUAUAGUGCCCCCGCCCCGAACGUGACUUAUAAAAAUGAUGACCCUUUUGAAUCAAGAACAUCAAUUUUGAAUGAAAUAAUGGAUGCAUUGAGAGAUGAUAAGAACAGCAUGAUUGGGGUAAGGGGAAUGGGCGGUGUGGGCAAAACCACGCUGGUAGAACAAGUAGCUGCACGAGCUAAGCAACAGAAGUUAUUUGACAGAGUAGUGAUGGCAUAUGUAUCCCAAACUGUGGACUUGAAGAAAAUCCAAGCACAGAUUGCAGAUGCGUUAGGUUUGAAAUUUGAGGAGGAGAGCGAAACCGGAAGAGCAGGGCGGCUUAGUCAGAGGUUGACACAAGAGAAGAAGCUUCUCAUAAUUUUAGAUGAUCUUUGGGCGGGCCUUAAUUUGAAGGACGUAGGGAUUCCUUCGGAUCAUAAAGGGUUGAAAAUGGUGCUGACUUCUAGAGAGCUUGACGUUUUGUCUAAUGAGAUGGGCACCCAAGAGAAUUUUGUAGUUGAACAUUUGCCGCCAGGAGAAGCAUGGAGUUUAUUUAAAAAAUUGACAAGUGAUUCAAUUGAGAAACCUGAUUUGCAACCUACAGCAGAGGAGGUGCUUAAAAAAUGCGGGGGUUUGCCUAUUGCAAUUGUUACAGUUGCAAAGGCAUUAAAAGGGAAGGAUCCGACUGCAUGGAGGGAUGCCCUACGACAACUCACACGAUCUAUUGAGACCACUGUUAAAGGAAUUGAAGCAAAAAUCUUCCUCACUCUAGAGUUGAGCUACAAUUAUUUAUAUGGUGAGGAAGUUAAGUCAUUGUUCUUGCUUUGCGGUUUGAUGGAUUAUGGGGAUACUCCAAUUGAUAACUUGUUCAAAUAUGUUGUGGGCCUCGAUUUGUUUCAAAACAUCAAUGCAUUGGAAGAAGCCAGGGAUAGACUGCAUACGUUGAUCAACGACCUCAAAGCCUCAAGUUUAUUGCUAGAAAGUAACUAUGAUGCUUAUGUCAGAAUGCAUGACGUUGUUCGUCAAGUCGCCAGAGCAAUUGCAUCCAAGGACCCUCAUCGAUUUGUAGUAAGGGAAGACGAUCGAUUGGAAGAAUGGUCAAAGACUGAUGAAUCCAAAAGCUGCACUUUCAUCUCUUUGAAUUGCAGAGCCGCCCAUGAGCUUCCUAAAUGCUUGGUAUGUCCCCAACUUAAAUUUUGUCUAUUGCGCAGCAACAAUCCUUCUUUGAAUGUCCCGAACACAUUUUUCGAAGGGAUGAAAGGACUCAAAGUUUUAGAUUGGUCCUGGAUGCGUUUAACAACACUACCUUCAUCACUUGAUUCCCUUGCAAAUCUCCAAACAUUGUGUCUAGAUUGGUGGCCGUUGGUAGACAUUGCUAUGAUUGGAAAGCUAACGAAACUACAAAUUCUUAGCUUGAAGGGUUCUCAAAUCCAACAAUUGCCUAAUGAAAUGGUGCAAUUGACCAAUCUAAGGCUGUUGGACUUGAACGACUACAGGAACCUUGAAGUUAUCCCACGGAAUAUCUUAUCAAGUUUGUCUCGAUUAGAACGUUUAUACAUGAGAUCUAAUUUUAAAAGAUGGGCGAUUGAAGGUGAAAGCAAUGUUUUUUUAUCUGAGCUAAAUCAUUUGUCUCAUUUGACAAUUUUAGAGUUGAAUAUACAUAUACCAGAUAUCAAGUUGCUACCAAAAGAAUACACGUUCUUCGAGAAGCUAACAAAGUAUUCAAUAUUUAUAGGCGAUUGGAGGUCCCACGAAUAUUGUAAAACAUCAAGAACAUUAAAGCUCAAUGAGGUUGAUAGAAGCUUAUAUGUGGGAGAUGGAAUUGGCAAGUUAUUUAAGAAGACUGAAGAACUAGCGUUGAGGAAAUUGAUUGGUACUAAAAGUAUUCCCUAUGAAUUAGAUGAGGGUUUUUGUAAGCUGAAGCAUCUUCACGUUAGUGCAAGUCCAGAGAUUCAAUAUGUCAUUGAUUCGAAGGAUCAACGAGUUCAACAACAUGGUGCGUUUCCUUCAUUAGAGUCGUUGAUUCUUGAUGAGUUGAUUAACUUGGAAGAAGUGUGUUGUGGCCCAAUUCCAGUAAAGUUUUUUGAUAACUUAAAAACUCUGGAUGUGGAGAAAUGUCAUGGAUUGAAAUUUCUCUUUUUACUUUCCAUGGCUAGAGGCCUUCUGCAACUUGAAAAAAUAAAGAUAAAAAGUUGCAAUGUCAUACAACAAAUAGUUGUCUAUGAAAGAGAAUCAGAAAUAAAAGAAGAUGACCAUGUUGAGACCAACUUACAACCAUUCCCUAAAUUACGAUAUUUGGAACUUGAGGAUCUACCAGAGCUCAUGAACUUUGGCUACUUCGACUCUGAGUUGGAAAUGACAUCACAAGGAAUGUGUUCCCAAGGCAAUCUUGAUAUUCACAUGCCGUUUUUCAGUUAUAAGGUUUCAUUCCCUCUUAAUUUGGAGAAGUUGGUUCUAAAAAGACUUCCCAAGUUGAUGGAGAUGGAUGUUGGGAACCUUCCAAACUUAAAAAUCCUAUGGUUAGAAGAACUAUGUCUUUUGUCUAAGGUUUCAUUCCCUCUUAAUUUGGAGAAGUUGGUUCUAAAAAGACUUCCCAAGUUGAUGGAGAUGGAUGUUGGGAACCUUCCAAACUUAAGAAUCCUACGGGUAGAAGAACUAUGUCUUUUGUCUAAGGUUUCAUUCCCUCUUGAUUUGGACGAGUUGGUUCUAGAACGACUUCCCAAGUUGAUGGAGAUGGAUGUUGGGAACCUUCCAAACUUAAGAAUCCUACGGGUAGAAGAACUAUGUCUUUUGUCUAAGGUUUCAUUCCCUCUUAAUUUGGACGAGUUGGUUCUAGAACGACUUCCCAAGUUGAUGGAGAUGGAUGUUGGGAACCUUCCAAACUUAAGUAUCCUACGGGUAGAAGAACUAUGUCUUUUGUCUAAGGUUUCAUUCCCUCUUAAUUUGGACGAGUUGGUUCUAGAACGACUUCCCAAGUUGAUGGAGAUGGAUGUUGGGAACCUUCCAAACUUAAGUAUCCUACGGGUAGAAGAACUAUGUCUUUUGUCUAAGGUUUCAUUCCCUCUUAAUUUGGACGAGUUGGUUCUAGAACGACUUCCCAAGUUGAUGGAGAUGGAUGUUGGGAACCUUUCAAACUUAAGAAUCCUACGGGUAGAAGAACUAUGUCUUUGGUCUAAGGUUUCAUUCCCUCUUAAUUUGGACGAGUUGGUUCUAGAACGACUUCCCAAGUUGAUGGAGAUGGAUGUUGGGAACCUUCCAAACUUAAGAAUCCUACGGGUAGAAGAACUAUGUCUUUUGUCUAAGGUUUCACUUUCUCCUAAUUUGGAGGAGAUAGUUCUAAAAAGUCUUCCAAAAUUGGAGGAGAUAGAUUUUGGGAUCCUCCCAAAGUUAAAAAUCCUAAAGGUUGAGAAACUACCUCAAUUAGUUUUGUCUUCUUCAAUGUUCAAGAAUUUUCACAAUCUCAAAGAGUUACGUAUCAUUGAUUGUGGGAAGGAAGACAUAAGAGGUGUCAAUACUUCUAUUAAUGAUGAAGUGCUCUUCAAUGAAAAGGCUUCAUUCCUAGAAUCAAGACCCUCCACUCUGAACGAUAUUAUGGAUGCCUUAAGAGACGACAAUAUCAACUUGAUUGGAGUAUGGGGCAUGGCCGGUGUGGGCAAAACAACACUGCUGAAACAAGUGGCUCAACAAGCUAAGCAACAGUGGUUGUUCACCAAACAAGCCUAUAUGGAUGUAUCCUGGACUCGAGACUCGGAUAAACGUCAAGAAGGAAUUGCGGAACUUCAACAAGAAAUUGAGAACGCGUUGGAGUUGUCACUUUGGGAGGAGGAUGAAUCUAAAAAAGCGGAUGAACUGAAGCAGGAACUGAUGAAAGAAGGGAAGAUCCUUAUUAUCUUAGAUGAUAUUUGGACGGAAAUUGAUUUGGAGAAAGUAGGAAUUCCUUGUAAAGGUGAUGAGACACAAUGCAAAAUAGUGUUGGCUUCGAGAGAUGGAGACCUAUUAUGCAAAGACAUGGGCGCACAAAGAUGUUUUCCAGUGGAACAUUUACCACCAGAAGAAUCUUGGAGUCUUUUUAAGAAGACAGUAGGUGAUUCCGUGGAGGAGAAUCUUGAACUGCGACCCAUAGCCAUUCAAGUAGUUAAAGAAUGUGAGGGUCUACCAAUUGCAAUUGUAACAAUUGCCAAGGCAUUAAAAGAUGAGACCGUGGCUGUAUGGAAGAAUGCCUUGGAACAACUUAGGAGUUGUGCACCAACAAACAUUAGAGCAGUGGAUAAGAAAGUUUACUCAUGUCUGGAGUGGAGCUACACCCAUUUGAAGGGUGAUGACGUUAAGUCAUUGUUCUUACUUUGUGGGAUGCUGGGCUAUGGUGAUAUUUCAUUAGAUCUCUUGUUACGAUAUGGUAUGGGUCUGGAUUUGUUUGACCGCAUCGACUCAUUGGAGCAAGCAAGAAAUAGACUACUUGCAUUGGUGGAAAUCCUCAAAGCCUCAGGCUUGUUACUUGACAGUCAUGAAGAUACACACAUGUUUGAUGAAGAAAUAGAUUCAAGUUUGCUUUUCAUGGAUGCUGAUAACAAGUUUGUGAGGAUGCACAGUGUUGUUCGUGAAGUUGCCAGAGCAAUUGCAUCCAAGGAUCCUCAUCCAUUUGUAGUCAGAGAAGAUGUUGGAUUGGAAGAAUGGUCAGAGACUGAUGAAUCCAAAAGGUGUGCUUUCAUCUCUUUGCAUUGCAAAGCUGUGCAUGACCUUCCUCAAGAGUUGGUAUGGCCGGAACUUCAAUUUUUUCUAUUGCAGAACAACAAUCCUCUCUUGAAUAUCCCGAACACAUUUUUCGAAGGGAUGAAAAAACUCAAAGUUUUGGAUUUGUCCCGUAUGCAUUUUACAACACUACCAUCAUCACUUGAUUCCCUUGCAAAUCUCCGAACAUUGCGUCUGGAUAGGUGCGAGUUGGGAGACAUUGCUCUAAUUGGAAAGCUAACGAAACUAGAAGUUCUUAGCUUGAAGUGUUCUACAAUCCAACAAUUGCCUAAUGAAAUGUCGCGAUUGACCAAUCUAAGACUCUUGGAUUUGAAUCAUUGCCAGAAGCUUGAAGUAAUUCCACGAAAUAUCUUAUCAAGUUUGUCUCGAUUAGAAUGUUUGUACAUGAAAUCUAGGUUUACUCAAUGGGCAACUGAAGGUGAAAGCAAUGCUUGCUUAUCCGAGCUAAAUCAUUUGUCUCAUUUGACAACUUUAGAGAUAUAUAUACCAGAUGCCAAGUUGCUACCAAAAGACAUUCUAUUUGAGAAAUUGACAAGAUAUAGGAUAUUUAUAGGUACUCGGGGGUGGUUGAGAACCAAAAGAGCAUUGAAGCUUUGGAAAGUCAAUAGAAGCUUACAUUUGGGGGAUGGAAUGAGCAAGUUGUUGGAGAGAAGUGAAGAACUAGGGUUCAGUCAAUUAAGUGGUACUAAAUAUGUUCUUCACCCAUCAGAUAGGGAGAGUUUCCUUGAACUAAAGCAUCUCGAAGUUGGUGAUAGUCCUGAGAUUCAAUACAUCAUGGAUUCAAAGAAUCAACAGUUGUUGCAACAUGGUGCCUUUCCUCUAUUGAAGUCAUUGAUUCUUCAGAAUUUGAAAAACUUCGAAGAAGUAUGGCAUGGCCCAAUUCCAAUAGGGUCUUUUGGUAACUUAAAAACUCUAAAAGUGCGUUUUUGUCCUAAAUUGAAAUUUCUCCUUUUGCUCUCCACGGCUAGAGGCCUUUCCCAACUUGAAGAAAUGACGAUAGAAUACUGCGAUGCCAUGCAACAAAUAAUCGCAUAUGAAAGGGAGUCAGAAAUAAAAGAAGAUGGACAUGCUGGGACCAACUUGCAACUAUUCCCAAAAUUGCGAACCUUGAUUCUCCAUGAUCUACCACAGCUCAUCAACUUCAGUUCCGAGUUAGAAACAACAUCUUCCACAUCUUUGAGUACAAAUGCAAGGUCGGAAAACUCAUUUUUCAGUCAUAAGGUUUCAUUCCCUAAGACAGAGAAGUUGAUGCUCUAUAAUGUGCCCAAGUUGAAUCUUUCUUCAAUCUACAGAUCUUAAGGGUGUAGGAAUGUCAUGUCUACUCAAUCUUGUCCCAGCUCUUUUGAUACACAACUUCCAGAAUUUAAAAAAGAUAGAUGCGCAAGAUUAUGAACUCCUAGAGCAUGUGAUUAUUCUUCAAGAAAUUUAUGGAAAUGUUGAGAUCCUCUCAAAGUUAGAAACCUUGAAAUUGAAGAACUUGCCUAGGCUGAGAUGGAUUGAAGACGGGAAUGAUAGGAUGAAACAUAUUUCCUCUCUUAUGACACUCAUGAAUAUUCAAAACCUUCAAGAACUACAUAUCAUUGAUUGUAGUAUGGAAGACCUGCGGAAAAUGUAGUACUCUUUUGUGAGAAGGUACACUGGAUUUCCUUUUAUGUUCUGCUCUAUUUGAGAUGAAGUACAGAUGCACCCUUUGAAAGAGAAAUUAUUAAUGAUGUUUGAGAAAUUGUCAAUGAUGUUUCCUUUAAUCAUUUCCUUCAUUUGAUAGAAUUUAUUUAUUUAAGCACAUGUUAAAUUUCCAUAUGCAUUUUGUUUUGUUCAUUGUUAUAUCCCUAAUAAAAUUGUUUGUUAAGUGUGUGGUCUUGCACAAUGAUGAAAGUUUUAAUUUAUUAGUAUUCGACUUCUUGUAUUGCGUGAGUCACAUUUCAUAAAUUAUAAAAUACAUAUGAUAAAGGAAGUUUUGUUA